UUUCUUCCCCCAACGAUGCUUCCUUCCCUAGACCGCCCAAAUCGCGACUUCCCAGUCUAGACGAUAUUCUUGGCAAACAUUGUGCCUUCAUCUUCACCAUCCCCAACGAAAACAGUGGACCUCACCCGCACAAAACCACCAAUCGACUUUCCUUUACUUCCUCCCACCAACCAUACACCUCAGUCACCAUGAGUGCCAGCAACCACUCGCGCUCCUCCACGGCGGUCGCCCAGUCGGACGGUAAGGCGACGAUGGUCGAAGAGCCCAUGGAGGACGCCGCGCUCUCGCUGUACAACAAUCAGCCCCACGAUGUCACGGAGAUGUCGCGCCUGGGCAAGAGGCAGGAGUUCAAGAGGAAUUUUGGAUACCUGAGCACGCUGGGGUUCGUCAGCAUCUACAUGGCGACGUGGGAGUAUGUGCUCGUGAGCCUCAGCGCCGGAUUCUCGAAUGGAGGUCUAGCGGGUCUAUUCUGGACGUUUCUCGGGACGGUGAUUUGCUAUGCGACGAUCGUGAUGAGUUUGGCCGAGAUGGAGAGUAUGGCGCCGACUUCUGGAGGUCAGUAUCAUUGGACGAGCGAGUUCGCACCUCCCCGAUACCAGAAAUUCCUCUCAUACGCAUCGGGCUGGAUGUCCUCGCUCGGAUGGAUCGCCAGCGUCUCCAGCGGCGCGUUCGUCGUUGCAACCCUCAUCCAAGCAAUGCUGGAUGUACUCAAAGUGGACUUCACUUUCAAGAACUGGCAGUAUACGCUCGUUAUGCUCGCCUUCUUGGCCCUCUGCAUCUGCUUCAAUAGCUGGGGUGCGAGGACUUUGCCGGGACUACAGACCAGCAGCUUGUUUGCGCACUUCAUUGGAUGGGGUCUUACUAUCGUGGCUAUAGUGGCUGCGUGCCCUAAGAAUAAUCCGAAGGAGGUAUUUGUGCACGUUGUGAGUCAAAGUGGGUGGGAGAAUGUGGGAGUGGCGUGCUUGAUCAGUCAGGUCAGCGUUAUAUACUGCAACCUAGGAUCCGAUUCCAUAGUCCACAUCAGCGAAGAAGUUCCCAAUGCCUCCAUCGUCGUCCCCCGCUGCAUGUUCUGGUCCUACAUCUUCAACACCAUCCUCGGCAUCGCCAUGCUCAUCGCCAUGCUCUACGGCAUCGGCCCUCUCGACGCCGCCAUUGUCGCCGACGCGCCCUACAUCGUGCUCUUCGCGAACACCGGCCUCAUCCCCUUGGCCUUCGUCCUCGUCUUCGUCCUCUUCAUCCUCAUAUUCAUCGGCAACGUCACCGCACUCGCGACUGCCACGCGCGAAGUCUGGGCGUUUGCGCGGGAUAAAGGGUUCCCGCGCAGUCGAUGGAUCGCCCACAUGGACCACGAGAAGAAUGUCCCGACGAACGCGGUGUAUCUGACGAGCGUGCUAGCGGGAGUCCUAUGCUUCGUUAAUAUAGGAAGUACCAUGGCGUUCGAAAUUAUCGUCUCGCUCACCCUUCUCGGCAUUCUGUCCACGUACAAGCUCUCCAUCGGGUGCUUGAUCUACCGGCGCCUGACAGACCCUGGCUCGCUCCCUCCCGCCCGCUGGUCGCUCGGCCGCUUCGGUCUACCGAUCAACAUCUUCGCAUUUCUGUAUUCAGGCUUCGUCAUGGUGUUUGCCUGUUUCCCGGCGGAGAAGCCGGUCACGUUGGGGAACGCAAACUGGGCGCCGCUGGUUUGGGUGGGGGUUAUCGUUGUUGCGGGCGUGGCCUAUGGCGUGCACGGACAGAAGCACUAUACGCCGCCGGCAGACUUUGUGCUCGGUCGUAGGAAGCCAGGCCAGGGUCUGCAGGGUGUGGAUUGAGCGAGUGGAGGGGAGUGUGGACUGGGAAGUCUGAUGGGAGGGGAUUCGGACACGGUCGUAUAGCACGAUGCUGGGGGAAGGAAUGAGAACUGCGUAAUGAUGAGGCGGGGCUGAUGGGUGAGUAUGGCCAUAAAAAACAUAUUAGGGAGCGUCAGACAUAUUAUACUCAUAGAUCAAGAUGGAUCUAAGUCCGUUGCUCAAAGAAAUAAAGCCUUACAUCGU